CGUCCUCCCAGACUCCCCCUCCGCGCCUGCAAAUGGGCUCACCCAUAUCUGGGGACCGGAGAGAAGACCGUGCCGGUCACGUGACACUGAGGGUGUGGUCCGGUGGAGGCGGGCGCCGUGCUGGGCCGGGUGCUGAGCUGGCAAGAUCAAAGCUGCAGGAGAAUGGACAGUGAGGUACAGAGAGAUGGAAGGAUCUUGGAUUUGAUUGACGAUGCUUGGCGAGAAGACAAGCUGCCUUAUGAGGAUGUUGCAAUACCACUGAAUGAGCUUCCUGAACCUGAACAGGACAAUGGCGGCACCACAGAGUCUGUUAAAGAACAAGAAAUGAAGUGGACUGACUUGGCCUUACAGUACCUCCAUGAGAACGUUCCCCCCAUUGGAAACUGACGCCUGGCUCCUUGUUCAUCCACAGAUUUUUUUUAAAUACACAGAUACAAAAUGUUUUCUUUCAGCCUCCUAAUUUGAACCUUUUAGUGUUAGAUCAACGCUCAAAAAUGUACAACUAAUUUUGUGGCCACAAAAUGCAAUGUGAAAAUACACAACCAGAACGAGAAGCUGAUUGCGAUUUCCUGGGAUUGCAGAAUAUCUGACCCUUUGAACCUAAAGUUCUUCAUUGACUAGCUAGUAUUUGAGCAUGAUUCAUUAAACAUUUGCCUUUAACUCUGA